AUGGCUUCCCCCGUGGAGAAGAUCAACCUGUUGCGUAUAUCACACGUCUACUACAAGCACCAGAAUGCCGAGAAGGCCCGACAGUUUAUGAAGGACUUUGGUUUCUUUGAGACAGCCCGUGAUGGUGCCCGUACAUACUAUCGCGGCUACGGCGACGAGCCCUUUGUCCUUGCCGUCGAGGAAGCCUCAUCCACCGAGUUUGGUGGCACCGCAUUUGCUGUCGAGAGCGAAGAAGAGCUGGAACGCGCCUCCAAGAUCCUUCCCAAGGAGACAAACCCCAGCGAAGUCUACGAGUUGACGGCACCGGGAGGCGGGAAAUGCGUCACCUUCUACGACCCCGUUGAUGGCUUCCCUUUCCACCUUGUCUGGGGCCAAUCCAAAGUAGAGCCAUUGGACCCUCGUUUUCCCGAAUUGAAGCCCAAUUUUCCCGAGAAGCACAACCGCGGGGUGAACCAGACACAGCGAUUCGAGAAGAGACCAACACCGGUGCACAAACUCGGCCAUUUUGGCAUGUGUGUGACCAACUUCAAAAAGUGCUACGAGUUCUAUUCGACGUAUUUCAACUUUUACCCCAGCGAGCUCAUCCAUAACGAUGCCGGCGAGGAUGUCACCGUCUUCUUCCGACUGAACCGUGGCGACAUCAAGGUCGACCACCACUGCUUCUUUUUCUUCGAAGGCCCAAAGAUGCAUGUUCAUCACUCGUCCUUUGAGACACACGACUUUGAUGCUCAGGUUUUGGGUCACGACUGGCUGAGGCACAAGGGCUAUAAGAACUGUUGGGGUGUCGGACGGCAUAUCAUGGGCAGUCAGAUAUUCGAUUACUGGUUUGAUCCCUCCGGCUUCAUUCUCGAGCAUUACGUUGACGGCGACCUCCUCGACAUGACCCACCCGACUCAGCAAACAAAGGCAGCACCAGACAACUUGCAUGUCUGGGGUCCCGAUCUACCUCCUACAUUCUUGACCUAG